AUGCAUCGAGAUGAUGAACCUCAGAAUUCCGAGCAAGCCCCAGACCAUGCAUCAAUGAUUCCUCUGGCUUUGCACGCUUUGGUCGGGUCCAUAGUCCCCUCAGGCAAAGGUCAAGGAAAUUCACCUUCGUCUGAUUGGAUGGCGGACAUUUAUGCGUUCAUGACGGGUGACCUCGAAUUUGAGAUGUCCACGCCACCUUGGUAUACAGACAAAAUAACACCGGUUUUCACCCACCUCCGCAAUGGUAACAUAGAAAGAGCUUCAGCUGCGGCCCUUCGGGCUCUUGAUACAGCUGAGAAUGACUGCAACACUCUUCUAGCCUCAAAUCUCCGUCACCUCUGUCGUCGACUCGCCGACUUGGACACCAUUGACGAAUACGACAAGCAACAAACUCGGCUCCCACGUAUAGCUGAAAAGUCCGCCCCAUUCUUGCGCGAUCUCUUGUUGAAUUAUCUGGCUGGUCACGAUACUCCUGGAGCCUACCACUAUGUCAAAGACGAGCGGAUAAAAAUGGAUGCUUUCUUGCCUUUUCUACAUCUUUUAAUGAAAGUUCUUCCGCAGCUCGACAAUGACACAUUACCAGAGUCAAUCAGCUCUUUUUGGAAGAGUACACCGCAUGACGCCAAUUUCAUGGAAAUAGGACUUUCAGGAAUGGAUCAACUUGCUCAGCUUUUAGAGCCAUUCAAGGACGAGAGGCUUGAAGACAAGCUGGAAUGGGUCCGAUUGAUCCAGAGAAUCUGGGACCUCAUGAAUAACCUCACUGAACAAAAUACGCCCAACGACCGCGCAUGGAUAUCGAAGCUCUACGAAGUCUACCCAGAGCGUGGAGAUGCGCGAGGCUACUGGCACAGCCACAGAGAUAUUCUCGACAGCACGACAUGGGAAGAUGAUGGCCAUUCGCAUUUAAAUGGGCUCAUUUGA